AUGGCACCCCCGACUCAUUUCGAGCUCAAUACUGGCGCCAAGAUUCCAGCGGUUGGACUUGGCACUUGGAGAUCUGAACCUGGUCAAGUGCGUCAGGCAGUCUCGUUCGCCCUUAAGAACGGAUACACUCACAUUGACGCAGCUUUGAUCUACGGAAACGAGCAUGAAGUCGGCCAGGGCAUCAAGGACAGCGGUAUCCCCCGUGAAAACAUUUUUAUCACCAGCAAGCUAUGGAACACCCAUCAAACAAACGUCGCUAAAGGUCUUCAGAAGACUCUUGACGCUUUGGGCACAGAUUACCUUGAUCUCUACCUUAUUCACUGGCCUGUCCGACUGGUUCCUAACGAGACGAGUGCCCUUCUACCAGUUAAUCCUGACGGCUCACGAUCUGUCGACCGAUCCUGGGAUCAAAGCGAGACCUGGCGCCAGAUGGAGGAAGUAUACAAGGCUGGAAAAGUGAAGGCAAUCGGAGUCGCUAACUGGUCCAUUCCUUAUUUGGAGGAGCUCAAAAAUAAAUGGACUGUGGUCCCUGCCGUCAACCAAGUUGAAUUACACCCCUUUCUUCCCCAGCACGCACUAAAGGAGUGGUGUGACAAGAAUGGCAUUCUACUCGAGGCGUACUCCCCACUAGGCUCCGAAGGAGCUCCGCUCAUGUCCGAUCCCGCAAUCCAGGAGAUAGCUAAGAAAAAUAACGUUUCACCCGCGACAGUGCUCAUCAGUUACCACGUCAACAGAGUUAGUGUCGUACUGCCCAAGUCCAUCAGUGAGAAUCGAAUCGUGAGUAAUGGUCAAGUCAUUGACAUCUCCCGUGAGGAUAUGGAUUUGUUGAACGGUCUGGCUGCGCAAGGAAAAGCAAAGCGUAUCAAUACGCCUCUGUUUGGAUGGGAUCUCGGAUUCAAUGACUGGUACAAGCAGUAA